GUGAAGGGCGAUCAGGAAAAAGUGGACGUCCAAAGUUCAAGCAGCUGAAAGGAAAGAACUUCGAGCAGAAAAAAGAGUGGUAAAUGCAAAGGAGCCUGCAUAAACCGACAGAAAUAACUGGCGCACACGUCGCGUUUUACCACAGAAGAGAUUUGAGGUUCUUCCAGCGAAACUUGCAUUGCUUUGGUUUAACGGACUUACCAGCAUGGCAGAAUCCAAAGCUAAAGAAGCAGAGUUUCUUCCUGAAGAUGUUGGAACUGAUGACUGCUUGACUUCAUACACUUACAUCUACAGUCCAGAUUUACUAAAAGAUCAGGUUGCUUUUAUCACAGGAGGGGGAUCAGGAAUUGGACUUCGUAUUGCUGAGAUCUUCAUGAGGCAUGGUUGUGACACAAUCAUUUCCAGCAGAAACCUGGACAAGCUCAAGGAGGCGGCAAAAAAGCUGUCUGCUGUGUCAGGACGGCGCUGUCUUCCUUUGUGUGUCGAUGUGAGGCAGCCUGACAGCAUAGCUGCUGCUGUGGAUGAGGCACUUGCACAGUUUGGCCGCAUAGACAUUCUUAUCAACAAUGCAGCUGGAAAUUUCCUAUGCCCUGCCUCUGCACUUUCUUUCAACGGCUUCAAGACCGUUCUUGAAAUAGACACUCUGGGCACAUUCAACACCAGCAAACUGCUUUAUGAGAAGUGGUUUAAGGAUCAUGGAGGCAACAUAGUCAACAUCUCUGCAACCCUUCAGUACAGAGGACAGGCCCUCCAGGUGCAUGCAGGUUCUGCAAAGGCAGCAAAUGAUGCCAUGACCAAGCACUUGGCUGUAGAGUGGGGGCCCAAUGGGGUCAGGGUCAAUGCUGUGGCUCCAGGACCAAUCUCUGGCACAGAAGGCUACCGGAAACUGGGUGGUCCUAUAGGGGAGGCUGCAGGUGUGUUUCAGUCCAUUCCUCUGCAACGAGCUGGCAACAAGACAGAGAUGGCCCACUGUGUUCUCUUCCUGGCCAGCCGUGCGUCUUCUUACACGACUGGAGCCAUCCUGGUUGCUGAUGGUGGAGCGUGGCUGACUUCAGCCAAUGACGUUUCCACAAUGUUGGGUAUAGUCUCCUCUAAGUCUGCUAAACUCUAAACAAGGACUCUGCUGUCCUCUUCUUUACCCAGGUUAUUGGUCAUCUGAAAAGAAAAGGGACAAGUGAUCAAGAGAAAUUUAGCAACUUUCUAGUAUUUCUUACCCUUAAACAGUAUUUGUUUUUAGUAAAUACUUAAGAAAAAACACUAAUAUUACUGUACUCACUACCUAAUGUUCAAUUAUGGGUCAGUUAUGCAAAGAAUUUUUAAAAU